AUGGCACCUUCUCCAAAACAUGCAGAUGCUCAAGGUCGUGUCAUCCGUGAGCUAGCGCGUACCUUUCCACGGAGCAGUCCUCCUCGGCCUCUAUCUUCACCAGAGCGCGACUCCAACGAAUCCACCUUCCACCUCCCCACUGCCACAGCUUCCUCGUUCAACCCCGAGCAAGAGGCUCUCAAUUCGACACAGCAAAUGGAACCAACUGGGACCUUCAAUAAUCUGCGAAGUACUGCUCGGCGAUACGGUCAUAGCUAUUACGAGCCGCCUCAAGCCCCACAGACCGUACCUACCUCGGCCGUGCGGAAAGAAUUUGGUGACUUUGAUUCAUAUGAGAAUGAAGAUUCUGAAGACGAUAGUAUUGAGGUUGGACGAGGAGGACGCAGGAGUCUACAGAGCACUCCAAACAAAACUGGGGACUUAUUCAUGAGCAAUAUGAAUUUCAAUAGUUUAUACGAUAUCACACCUCCCUCGAAGUCACGGGCACCUACGCGUAGAGGAAACGCAGCUGAGACAGGAAGUCUACGACGGGAUGCACAAAUCCGCCAUGCAUCCACCAAACCGCCAGCAGAGACAGAUGAUGAACCGCCAAGCGUGACAGAACAAAAAAGGUCUGCCUUUUCCGAUGUACACGCCAAAGUCGCCGAAGAAGACUCGUUCCAAGACCAAAGGCCUUCAAUUACUACGUCAUCAUAUAAAGGGACUCGCUUUGGUAAUCUAAGAGUAAAACACACGUCUGCAAACCAUGACCUACAAACAACGCCCGAGCGCAAGAGCGCCACGCCACAACGACAAUCUCGCGGUACUCCACGGUCUUCGCUUCCAACAAACAAGGAUACGCAACAAUCCUUCAUGUUGCCUGAUCUUCCCAACUUGACUGAAUUAGUCUCAGGUGUUUUUAAAGAUGGCACUCCAGUAUUUUCAAAGAUGUCAAGAACUCGUUCACGGUUCUCCUCAGCCCCAGAUCCUGAUCGGCCUUCCCGCGGCCAACCCAAUUAUCUACCAAUCAACAAUGUCCCGGUUCCAGAAGAUGAGAAGACACUAUUCGCAGCGUUGCAACUUCUCAAAGAGAAAGUCUCACAACUUGAAAGAGAGAAUGCCGAACAUAUCAGGACUAUCGAGGAGCAAGAGAAUGAGAUCACAGAUCUCAAAGCGGAGCAAAAGGUUCAACAAGCCAUGCGCUCCAGCGAUAGUGCGUUAGGAUCGGAUGAAGAAGCGGACAGAGCUGGAUGGAAAACACAGAAGUCAAGACUUGAAGCUGCUGCUGAGACUCUUCGAAUGCGCCUUGAUCGUACUGAUCGAAAACUGUUAGUCGCUAAGACGUAUAACAAUCGCAUUACUGCGGAGCGCGAUCAACUCCAAGAGCAAUUAGCAAAGGCUUACGUGACCUCUGAAGAGGUCAAACAAGAGAAUCAAGCUCUUCAGGUGGAUAAUGUAUACUUGCGAUCAGAAGUCGAACUGCUCAGGUCGGACAAGGACGGAUUGAGAGCUGACAACGAGGAUUUGAAAACCAAGAUGGCAAGUAAUGAAGCUAGGUACCAGGAAGAAACAUUGCAGCUGCGAAGUAACAUGGGACGACACGAAACCGCCGUGCAGGAAGAAAACAAUACUCUCCACACAGAACUUCAACGAGUUCGAUCACAUCACGAUGAACAGGCCCAGCGAUGGAUGCGUAGAGAAGCAGAGUUACGCAUCAGGAAUACAAAACAGGAACAAGCAGAGCUCAGCAAACUAAGGUCUGACAACAAUGUUCUCAAGGAUCAGCUCGAGAAUGCCAAACUCCAACGCGAGCAAGACGAGCAGCGAUGGAACCGUGAGGAAGCUAGACUUCGACAGCGGCUAGGUCUGAAACAUGAGACGAUCUGCCCAUUCUCGGACAUUGCCCCCGAAGAAGGUAACGAGACCUUACGUUUCGACAAUGAAAAUCUGCGCGGUCAACUUGAAAGAUUGGCCAAUGCACGACACGAAGAGCAGCAGCAAUGGCAACGCAAGGAGGAGCGCCUCAGGCGCAAGAUUGAGAAAAAUGAAGAGGUGGUGCGUGACAUGGAAGAAAUGACUCAAGACAUUGUAGACAACCGGCGGAAAGGGACCGGGAAUCGGAAGUCUACGGCAUAUGCAAGCGCACGGCCGAAUCAAGCGAUCCUGAGAAGGACUACCAGUAACCGUCAAGACAUCAACAACACCCAGACGAGGCUAUCAGACGCGGUCGACGCAGAGCUCCACAAGAGCAGGACUGCAGCUGUCGCUCACGACGUCACUCGACGACCCGGCAAUCCAAUUGCCAGUCGCUUCAUGAGAAGUACCUCAGUUCCUCUCGACCACAAUGUAAACCUGAAUAGUGAUGCAGAAUCGACAACAGAUCUUUCACUUGAAAGAACGCAACGAACACAUACUGUGACAAAGCCAGUUCCUGCGACGACCUCUACCGAAGAGCCCGUAGACGUGGACUAUACCUAUCUCAGCAUGAUGGAUGGAAAUGAGGUCGCUAGACUGCGCAAGAUUCUUGAGAAAGAGCGGGCGGAGGUACGCCGUAAAGGAAGAGUCGAUUCUAUUCAACAAGAAAGAAAUGACACUCAGCAAUCCGUAAGGUCUGCGAAGAAGUCGACAGGGCACUCACACCCCCGCAAAUCAUCGAUGAAAGAUAGUUCGAAGAGACUGUCGACAAUCGCGGCUGACAGAGCAGGAAACGACACUCGGUCAAAUGAUAACGAAGUCUCCAUCAUGAGCAAUACCGGCCGACGCAGACGAAGCUUUCCGCUAGAAAUGACCUCUGCGUUCAUCAUUCCUGACCUCACAGUCCGCUUGACCCAACGUGAGGCCAAUCACGAAGUAAAAGAUUGUACUGUUUGCCAACGUUCUGCGAGCGAGACCAAUGUCCUAAGACACAAGGUCGCGGCCGGUGUCGAGAUCCCGAAACCUAUCCCAGUAACAUCCCGGAAUAUUGAUGAUUCCAACGCUACAUUGCGUCCUGCACAAUCGCCCCAGGAUGCCUUGGCACUAGUUCUCAAAGAGCUCGAAGACGAGCUCACCCACCUGAAGCUGGAACUAUCUGUUCAGGAGAGCCUGCUGCACUGUCAGGAUCCAUCGUUGGCGAAACGAAAGCGUAAAGCUGUCCAUACAAAAGUCUUGCUACUUUUCAGAGCAAUCGAUAUCAAGGCUGACCAAAUCUACGCGUUGCACGAUGUGCUCGAAGGUCAGAAGGCAGAUGGACUACUCAACGAUGAAAACGCCCAUCAGGCCGCUCAAACGUGCCGCAUGACUGAGGAAGAGGUUGAUAAUACCCUUCGGAGCGUCGGCCUUGAUCCUAAGGAGGCUAGAAAGGGUAAAAAGGUCGUAAUCGAAGAAGAUGUUGACGACAGUGCUCUGGAUGGCCUUGACGAUGAGGACGACUUGCCAUGGAGCGGCAUCAGCGAUACUGAGAGCAACGCAGGACCCUCACAAAAACCCCGCAGACGGAGUUCUGUUUACUAA